UGUACAGACCAGCCUGCUCUCACUCUGAAAGCUGCCAACAUUGACAGUGUAGUAGGAAAAUAUAGACUGCAAUGGAAAUGUACUAGUGUUGAGUAACGGUAGUCCUCAGUUUGAAUGUGCAACUGAACUCUUAUAUUGCUUCAGUACUUCAAGGACGCAAGUUGUAUCAUAAGGAAGACGGUGUGUGUAUUUGUGUGGCAAGAGUGAAUAAGAAGCACCUAUUUGGUGAAACUGCACUGAAGAAGAAGUGGCCUGAUGUAGUUUCCGAAGAAAGAGACACGCUCUGGUUUGUGAGUCUGUUAUCAGAGAAAUUUCCAUCAGACAAAUUCCCCACAAUUUUCUGAGCCUUUGGGAAUUAGCAGCAGAGAAUAAGAGCCAACGAUGGCUAACUUUGGAGGACACGCCAUUCCUGGCACUUUUUUCCUGUUCUAUGGCUUUUGGCUAACAGUGAAAUACGUUCUCCAACACUACUGGAGGAUAAAUCAGCCUAAAGGAAGACAGAUUAUGCCUCCUUUCUUUAAAAAAAUGGAAUACAUUGAGGGAGGAUUUACCAUCUUUGCUUCAUUUGUUGGUAUGAUGGUUGAACAGUUUGUGGUGGAUGGGCCACAUGCCCACCUCUAUGACAGACACAACAAUUCAUGGGUCAAGCUGAUGAACUGGCAGCACAGCACCAUGUAUCUGUUCUUUGGGAUCUAUGGAAUAGCACUGGUUGCCAGUAAUGCAUCCAAACUGGUGCCGACUGGUGUCGACCGCCUUGCUCUGUCCUUGGCCCUUUUUGUUGAAGGGUUUCUGUUCUAUUACCACGUGCACAGUCGGCCCCCUCUGGAUGCUCACAUCCACUCCCUGCUGCUAGUGGCUGUAUUUAGUGGAUCGGCCGGUACCGUGUUGGAGGUGUUCCUAAGAGACAACAUUAUUUUGGAGGUCUUCAGAGGAUGCAUGUUCAUCCUGCAGGGCUCGUGGUUCUACCAGAUUGGAUUUGUACUUUACCCAUUAAGUGGAUCAAUGUGGGACUUAUACCUGCAUGCCAACAUCAUGUUCGUCACUAUGUGCUUCUGCUGGCAUUUAGCUGUGGCCCUGCUUUUAGUUGCCUGCACCUCUUCUGUGGUUUGGUUCACAGUGAAGCGAUUCUCAGCAAGGGGACGGGACAUCGAGAUUGGAAUGCGAAAUACAUCCUCCAAAACAAACUCCCAGAAAGCUUUACUUGAAGAGUCAGAUGAAGAGUGA